CGUCAGUCUCGAUGAGCUGCUCCACCGGGUUAACGACGUUCUAUCUUUACUUCGAACUUGCAUUCAUUUGAUAUUUUAUCCUAUCUCACUAUUCGUUUCUUUGGGGGGGUUACGUCAAGGUCGCGUGCAAGAUGAUCAACGCUGUUCUCGUGUUCAACAACAACGGGCAGCCGCGCCUUACCAAGUUCUAUACACAGAUUGACACUCAAACAAAGCAAUCACUCAUUUCACAAAUCUACGAUCUGGUCUCUCAACGCCCACCCAGCGCCUGUAACUUCCUCCCUCUGCCCCCACUACUAUCACGAGGCGCCAGCUCCAAGGAUCCCAAUGGAGCACCCGAUGCCCCGACACAAAUCACCUACCGGACGUAUGCUACCUUGUCCUUUAUCAUGAUCUCAACAUCCACCGAGUCCCCGCUCGCUCUCAUCGACCUGAUCCAGGUGUUCGUCGAAGCGCUGGACCGCAUAUUCGAGAACGUCUGUGAACUAGACUUGAUUUUUGGUUACGAAUCAAUGCACGCGGUGCUGAGUGAGAUGAUCGUUGGUGGUGUCGUAACAGAGACGAAUAUCGAGAAGAUUGUCGCUGGGGUGCGGAGUCAAGAAGGGUCGUUGGGUAAGAAGAGAGCUGUGCAAGCAGCGAGCUCUGGCAUUGGACGGGGCGGUAUUCCUGGCCUACCUGGAUGGCGAUGAUUUAUCGCUGUUGCUGCCGCUGCUUCUUUGCCAUUUAUCUUCAUGCUAUGAGCGGUAUCCCGCAUAAGUCAAUGAGUGUACGAUGUCUACGGGCGUCCGGGUUUAAAGUCUGGAGUGGAUUUGUGGAAUUUCCAAUGAGAUUUUCUUGUCGAUCAUGGUUAUAACACAAAUUCAGUCUAUAUAAUGAAUAUAAUAAUAAGAAUAAAUGUGAUGAAUGGAACUAUAACGAUAUUACUGUCUGCA